AUGAAGCUCACCAUCAUCCUCGCGACUACCGCCUACGCCACGGCCUGCAUCAACGUCUCCGUCGAAGGCGACGCCACCUACUGCAUUGAAGGCGCCAUCUGCGGCGGCAACGGCAGCGCCUGCCCCAAGCAGGGCGACUGGGCCUCGGGCGAUUGUAAGACUGGCCUCUUCUCGUCGAAGAACGGCUGGUGCCAGGCUCCCGAGUCGGCGGUCUGCUUGACGCUCAAGACGGGUGCUCGCGGCUGCGUCUACCCGUCCAAGGGUCCUCAGAAGAUGGGCUGCACCAACGUCUCGGUCGAGGGCGAUGCCACGUACUGCGUCAACGGCCCGGUCUGCUCGGGCAACAGCGGCGGCGGUGCUUGCCCCAAGAAGGGUGACUGGGCCUCCGGCGAUUGCAAGUCUGGUCUCUUCUCGUCCAACGGCAAGUGGUGCCAGGCGCCUGAGACGGCCACUUGCCAGAAGCUCAAGACUGGUGCGUGGGGCUGCGUGUACCCGUCCAAGGGUCCCCAGAAGAUGGAUUUCAACCUGCGCGGCUAG